AUCUUUCAGUACUCGUUCAGUUUCCUAUCGGUGAAAUGAUCAGUCUCGCGAAACCACAAUUAUACCUCUCCUCUAGUGAUUAAUCCGUUGCAUUUUCGAACAUCCGUCGACAAUCAUUUCCCGUUCUUUUGUGAUCUUAAUUUUCACCCGGUGCUUUUGCAUUUAGAUCUAACGAUAGAAGUGGAACAACAGGGAUAAUCUAUCGGUUUUUAUUGUGCGUGCGACGUCAUUGUCUAUUGUUUUAACCGUAAAAGCUGACCUCAUUAGAUCGAUCGAAGAACAAUUAAGCCCAGACCCCAACGAGAAAGCGAAACUACAAUAAUGGGUGACAAAAAGAAGCCAGUAUACAUCCAGUAUCUAUUUGGAGGCCUUUCCGGGAUUGGAGCAACAUGCGUGGUACAACCGCUGGAUCUGGUCAAAACGCGCAUGCAGAUUUCCGGCAUCGGAGGCGCGGUCAAGGAGUAUAAUAACACAUUCGAUGCCAUUGGCAAGAUCAUCAAGCGAGAGGGCCCCCUGGCUCUGUACAAAGGCCUGAGUGCGGCCAUCAUGCGUCAGGCGACCUACACCACCACCAGGCUUGGCGUGUAUACGUCACUCAAUGACGCAUACAAGCAGAAAAGGAACAAAGCCCCGAAUCUAUUCGAGUCGAUGGCCAUGGGCAUGAUGGCUGGUGCCGUUGGUUCAUUUGUCGGCAAUCCAUGCGAGCUUAUUCUAAUCCGAAUGACCGCCGACGGUCGGUUACCGGUGGCGGAACGUCGCAACUAUACCCACUUCUUCAACGCUUUCGCGCGCAUCGCAAAAGAGGAAGGUAUAUUUGCCUUAUGGCGUGGAUGCAUCCCUACCAUGGGUCGUGCCAUGGUCGUAAAUGCUGCCCAGUUGGCUUCCUACUCGCAAGCGAAGACCUACCUCAUCAACAGUGGAUACUUCAACGAAGGCAUUGGCCUACAUUUCACGGCCAGUAUGUUCUCUGGCUUGAUUACGACGGCUGCUUCCCUGCCAGUAGAUAUAGCCAAAACGAGAAUCCAAAACAUGAAAGUAGCGGCUGGUGAGGUGCCACCGUACAAGAACACAAUCGACGUGAUAGUGAAGGUCGUCCGACAUGAAGGAGUCUUUGCCCUGUGGAAGGGCUUCACCGCUUAUUACGCCAGGCUGGGUCCGCAUACUGUCCUAACGUUCAUCCUUCUGGAGCAGCUGAAUGGUCUUUACAAUGAGCACUUCAUGGGCGGCCAAGGAUCGAAAUCGGGACUGUGAGGAGCGGGGGCAAAAGAUGUCAUAUCAUCCCGUCCAGCAUCCAAA